CAUUCAUUGUCUAUGGUGCUUCGACUUCGAAUUCAGCUCGUGCUCUCGUGCAAUCCGUCCGUGUUGUCAGUUUGACACGAAAGAGCGUGGAGUGCACUUCGGACCUGGGAAAUAUUACGGUUUUCCCAUGGUCCAUAGUUCUUCUGUGAGCUGAUUCUUGUUUAACCACCGACACCGCGAUGCUCGAUACAUCUUACCGUUACGACUUUUAAUUACGCGCGACGCGGAGCGUACGCUCAUUGAUGCCGGAACACAGAACGACGCGGCCGUGGAAAACAAACGAGAAUCGCGAGUAUAAUAAAGAUCCGUAGAAUCGACAAACGGUGACCGUCGAUGCCGCUCGCGGGAUGUACGAAAAGUUGUGAUCUUGUCGUCUCGUACCGGUAAACAACCUCGACACGCGUCGGAAGAACGAGGCCGGUUCUGUUUGUGAACAUUAACGAGUAGUAGCAGGUUUGUCUCGCGAUUAUGGGCGAUUCCCCUACAGUGAAAUUCGCACUUGGUAACGAGGUGUCGAUGGAACAUUUUUUCAAGAGCAGCUUCGCGCGUACAUUCGUGACCAAUUGCCGUGAUUCGAAGUCGUUGGAUUACGAGCUCCUCGAUAACACCAUCGUCGAGGACGACGGACUGAACGGGAACAACAACAAUUUCUUCUCACUGAUGAAUCUCGACGACAAGACAACCGGCUCCACUGCCGGCAACGAUCUCGACGAGGAUAACGUCUGGAAGAUGACGGCAAUCCAGCCCUUCACGGAUCCGAACGAAGUGGAGAAGCUUCGCAAACAAUGCAACUCGUUGAGAGACGAAAACCGAAGACUGCAGAACGCCCUGACAAACAAUCAAGUGCCUCAUGUGCAAGUGAUCGACAACGUGUUUCUCCAGACCCAAGUUGAAACACUCCAAUGGCAAUUGAAACAGAUAGAAGCGAACAGACAGAUGUACCGCUCCCUGUUGGAGCAGGUAACGCGCUUCUUGGACCGGGCUCGCAAGAGCUUGGAUAUCCUUCAUGAGAAGAAUAAUCCUAAAGAUAAGAAUUCAGCGAGCCGAGUCCCACGCAGUCGCAGCGUUCACGCCGGUCACGGAGACGAAUCACCGAAAAGCGCGACCCCGACGUCUUCUUCCUCGUCGAGUUCCUCUCGCUUCACGAGGGCCAAGUCCGUCACUCAGAUCUCACCGAGCACCACGAGCUACCGUGACUUCACUUGGUCGAUGCUACGCAAAAAUGAUCCUACUCAGUGCACGCCGCCGUCUCAGGAUCACAAGAUCGACGGGAUCGUUUAUAGAGAACCCGGGCAGCCAGAAUUGGAUCCGAACGAUGUUCCACCCGAGAAAUUGUCGGAGGAAGCGUUUAGAUUAAUGAGAACUGUUCAGUCAUUGAUCUCGAUGAGAGAACCCGAACUGGCUAGGUCCUCGCCAACAGAGAAUGGCGAUUCGUCUCCAUCGCCGACGGACCAUCAUCGUCAUAACGAUCAUCACAACGACGUCUCACUGUCUCUGCAGAACAGUUUCACGAACUCUCUCAGCUUGCAGGACUCCGCCGGCUACACUAGACGUUCGUGUAGCGAUCGCGGUAACGAGUCGAGUAGCACCGAUAAUGACAGUAGAUCUAGUUACGUAAAGUCGCCGAAUAACGUGAAACGAAACCUGCAAAAUCUUUUUCCCGGGGUGAGAAGAUCCCUCGACGCUACUUCCCUCAACUCGGGAAGCAGCAAGACCACCGAGGAAGAGGAUGUACUCGCUAUUAAUAAUUCGUUCAACGUGUCCAUACCGGAUCACGAGGGUAUUUUCACGUGCACGCCGUCCGCCACGCCGAACAGACGGAUCAGGAAGGUGGAGAAGAAGGAAAAGGAGAAGUGUUCGAAAUCGAAACCGGCUGUCAGCGUGAGCAGCGUCGAGGACGAAAGCGGAUUUUCUUCUAUGAGUUCGUUUCAAGAGAUCGGUCUGCCGCAUGGUAUCCAUAUUUUGCCUGUAAGAGGCUGCCACACGGAAGUCGGUCUGCCCGAAGUGCCUCUGGACAAAGGCAGGCACCGUAGGUGGUCCUCGACACCGGCCGAAAUUCAGGCCAUGAUCAACAAACAGCGAAACAGUUUCACCGCUUCUGAAACUGCUAAGGAAUCUUUGAGUGUAUGGGUGUGAAUGCAAGAUUCCGCGACUGAGACACGUAAAACUGUCGUACGAAGUAGACGCGCGAACGUAUAUGCUGGUUGCAACAGAAGCUCGAACAGAUGAUCGCACGUCGCCGGCAUGCUAAAGGAAUGCGAGACAUGGUAAUUUUUUAUUUAAAAUAUUGAUUUUUCAUUCGUUUUAUUUAAAAUAUUGAUUUUUCAUUCGUUUUAUUGAAAU